UGUCAACAAAUUGAUGACCAGUCUUGUCAGCUGUCUGAGUGUUAUAUUUCUUUGUGUGUUUUACCGACUAUUUUUAUGUUAGAUAAUAAGUAGAUCUGAUUUAUACAUUUUAUUCGGCUUAGUUCAUUCGAGGAUGUCAAGGGCAUAUAACUGAUAGCACAAUUAAUUAAAAAUGGCCCAAAAACCAAAGCCCCGAGAAGAGAAAUCACCACUGUUAUCAUCAGAUAACGAAGAUGUGACAUCACACCAUCAGUAUUCAUCUAUAAAUAAAGAUGAGCGAGAUGAACAAAUAAAAAAUGUUUUAAGUGAAGAAAGUAUAAAUGAUACUGAUGUUAUUAUCGAAAGAACUCAUGAAAUAAAGGUUUACAAAAGAAGAUGGUACGUCUUGCUACUGUUUUCCUGUUUUGCAGCAGCCCAGGGUGGAAUCUGGAAUACUUGGGGACCAAUUUCUGAUUCCUCAAAAGAUGCAUUUGGUUGGAAUGAUGGUGAUAUUGCCUUGCUAUCCAACUGGGGUCCGAUAUCCUAUCUUAUUAGUGGUAUAUUCUUCUCAUGGAUGAUUGAUGUUAAAGGUUUACGAGUUGCUGCUGUGACAAGUUGUUUUCUGGUAACAGCUGGAGCUGGAGUUCGUUGUAUUACAUCCACACCACCCGGGUCCACAUGGUUAAUUCAUUUUGGCCAAUUUCUGGUUGGUUUGGGUGGGCCGGUUGCCAUGGGAGGACCUCCAGCUCUAUCUGCCGUCUGGUUUGAACCUUCAGAGAGAACAACAGCUACAGCUAUAGCAUUUCUUAUCCCUAAUUUGGGCAUAGCUAGUGGAUUUAUAAUAGGUCCACUACUGGUGCCUUCACCAAAUAUAACAGAAACAAAUUCGACUUUUAUAAAUUCAACAAAAUUAGAUUAUUUCCAGUCUGCUAAUUUCUCUAAUUCAAGUACAUCUAUGAGAAUAAGUCAAGAAAGAAAAGAUAUAAUGUUUUUAAUGUAUAUAGAAUUUGGUGGUACAUUAUUGGUGUUCCUGAUGAUGUUGAUUUAUUUUCCGAAGAAACCACCACUUCCUCCCUGUGCUUCAGCAACUAUCAAAAGACAAGAUUUCUGGAAAGGACUCAAAGAUUUAUUCAAAUGUAAACAGUUCUGGUAUAUAGCUACAGCGUAUGGUACAUCUCUGGGUGUUAUUAAUGUGUGGACUGGUAUAAUAGAUGUUAACCUUUCACCUCUAGGUGUAUCACAGAAUGAAGCUGGUUGGAUCGGGUUUUAUUCAACAUGUGCAGCAUGCGUAGCAGCAUUAGUUGUAGCUAGGUUUGCUGAUGUAUUUAGUAAAAGGUUAAAGUUGUUUAUAUUUAUAUUAUACACUGUUGGUACUGUGUUCAUUAUCUGGUUUGCUUUAGCCAGUGCUCAAAUACUACCUACAUCCACUGCUGUUUUUUACCUUACUGUGAUAAUGGGUGUUAUGGCAUUAAAUGCCUCAGUGCCGUUAUUAUUUGAAUUAGCAUGUGAAUUAGCCUAUCCUAUUGGUGAAGGAACAACAAAUGGUGUGAUGACCAUUUUAAAUAAUCUGGGUGGACUCAUUUUCCUGUUCAUUUUAAUGAUACCAAAUAUAGGGACAAUGUGGAUGAACUGGACAUUAAUUGGAGCAACAGUUGUAUGUUUUCCACUUUAUGGAAUGUUAAAAGAAACUUAUAACAGACUAGAUAUAGAUGAAGAUAAAACAUUGAAUUCAAAUGUUACAGUAAUAACUAAAUCACAUGCAUAACAAAAUAAUCGCCUAUUAAAAAUUGUAUAACAACUUGAAAAUAUGUACAUUACAGAAAUAAAUUUAUGGCAGAUAAAACAUGCAAAAGAGCUUUGGAAAAAAAAGUGAUUUACAGUGAUCAAAAGACAAUAUAAUUUUAAAAAAAAGAAAAAACAAAGCAUGAUUAAUGCCAGUGUAUAGGCUGUAUGAAGAUAAUGAUAAUUGAAUAUAAUUACUGUGUGUAUAAGGAUAGCUCAAUUAUUACAGUAACCACUUGCAUAAUAAAAUGACUGUCUGGUAAUUAUAAUUUGUAUUUAUGUUUUAUAAUAAUGUCCAGGUUGAAGUAAACAACCAAUCGUCCUUUUAUUGUUAAUAAUUUCUAUGAACAUCAAUUAUGAUGUGUUUAAAGAUACAUUAUGGGAGAUUAGAUAAAGAGCUGGCAGUUCUCACUAUAAUAGUUAAAAACUAGAUAAUGUAAAGGGAACUUGCUGAAAAUUUCAGUCAAAUUGAUCCACUCUGAACUGAGAUUUUAGCGAUUGAAUUUUUGGUCUAGCCUUGAUCAUCAUUACCAAAGUCGGUAAGAUAAAAAAACAUAGUCUCGAUUAUCCAUUUUUUGAUUUAAUUAUCAAUGAGCAUUAAGCAGCAGAUAGGAUUCUAAUCCAGAAAAUAUCACAGGCUAGCGAUGACAUCGAGAGUUGAUUAUGGUCUGGAUAAGUUAAUUAAUCUCAAAUUAAUAAUUUAGAUACCAUUUCAGGCCAUAAAGAAGGAUGUGCCAUUGGCAGAUUUAGCUAAUAGCAUUUAGUAAUUGAACGGGAAAUACACAGGACAAUUCUAUGGAAUGCAAUUCCUGUUUAUUACUGAGCGAUCUUUCGACUAGGGUACUCCAGUCUUUGUUUAGGAAUGAUAACAAGAAAAGCCUAUACAAAAUGCUUCUCUGUUUCAAACAGUGAUUCUAUUUCAUACAAUUAUAUUAUAAUCCAUAGUUCUGCAAUAUUUCAAACUUAUUAUAUUUUCUGGCUGUCAAAAUUUUUCUCUGUAUCAAACAGUGAUUCUAUUUUAUAAAAUUGUGUCCCGUUGACAAUAUUUCAGACUUAUUAUAUUUUCUGACUGUUAUUUAUAUAUGUUUUCUGUCUCCUCAUGGAUAAUACUGUUGUGAAUCUAGUAAAACCUACAUAUCUAUAUUAUUUGUUUAUUUGUAUAUACAUGUAUUGGUAAUGAUUUAUCAACCUUAAACAGUGUCUUAAACUGUCUUGACAUAAUAAUAUUGUUGACUAAUGUGUUAUAUGUUAUUUGACAGUUAAAGAGCAAUACAUGCGUCUCCUGUGCUGCAACGCAUCUUAAUAAUAGUCAGCUGAUCUGAGCUAUUGGUGUUCAUAUACCACCGAAUAUGGUUAUUUAUAGAUGCACUAAAACCAAAGUCAACAAUUCCUCAUUAUAUAGGCGAAAUAUUGUUAAAAUUGUUUUAAAUUAUACAGUAUAAUAUUAAGGCAAAAUAUUGUGAAAAUUGUUUUGAAUUAUACAUAUGGGUAAACAUUGGUAAAUCAUUUUAAAUUAUACAGUAUAUUACAAGGGUAAAACAUUGGUAAAAAUCUUUUUAAAUUAUAUAUUAUGGUAUAUUAUGUUUUGUUUCAUUCAAGUCAGUUAAGCCAGGAAUACUCAUUGAAAGACUUAUUUCUUAUUUAAUUAAUGGAACUUUUAUUAACUUGUUGUUGUUAUUGUCUUUUGAAAAUUUCCCCUUGAUUUUUUGUUGCUCUAUGUGUAACCUAUAUAUAAAUGGAAAACUAACAAAAUUGUGUUAUAAAAUAAAUUUAUAUUUAUAUAUAUCUUUGUCUCAUUGAAACAUUUUAUAAAUUUAUAUAUUCUUUAAUUUACUAUUUUUUAAAAUAAAUGUAAAUAAUUUUUUUUUUUUCAUUAUUAUUAUCAAAAACAUCUAUAUUUGGUAUCUAUAUUAUAUAGUAAAAUUGGUGAUCAUAGUAAAUACUGAACCGAAUUGAACUAUUUUUGGAUAUUACUUGGUUCAGUUUUAUAUAUUUUAAUGGCCGAUACUCAUUAUAAAAAAAAAUAUUUUAAACCAAAUUUAACCAAAUGGGUGCCAUACAAAAUUCAUACCCACUGGCAUUUUAUCUUGGUUCAUCUAAAUGAUUAAAUGCCUCGUGCUUUCAAAAAGUUGGGAGGGGGGGGGGGGGCCUUUUCUAUUUUCAUAUAUGAAACAAUUGUUUUCUAUUUAUUGAAUGUAUAAAUGAUGUAAAUAUUUUUAAAAAUACCUUUAGUUUUUAUUAAUGGAUGUAAAUUAGAACAAAUGUUUAUUAAUGGAUGAAAAUUAGAUAAUAUUCUUAAAAAUAAAUGGAACAUGUUUUUUAUUAAUGGAUUAUUAGAAGAAUUGUUUUAUAAAUAGAUGUAAAUUGUUUUAUUCAUGGAUGUAAAUUAGAACAUUUUUUUAUUAAUGGUUGUAAUUUAGAAUAUAUUUUU